CCAGGUACCAAAAAGAUGAUGCGCAAGACGAAUAAAAAAAAAAGGUUCCCGCACGCCUGAACAAUGCGCAAAGAUAAAACCCCCCCAGUUGGUAGUAAGGGUUAUUACGGAAAAACAAAUGAAACCGAAACGGCCAGCAACCUUUGAUAGAGCUCCUUAAAUCGGGCGUUUAACUGAAUACUUUUGCGUACCUGGCUCCCCGUUCUCCGUGUGGGUGGCCAUCGAAUCGGGGUUUUGUCGUGCCUAUGACUCUUACCCUUCCCCAGUUCUUUUGAUAGCGCCUGAAAGUGAGGCAAGGUAACUUUUUGGGGCUGCUAGAAAUAAAGGACUAUCCCUUCUUUUGGCCCUGACGUGUCUGGACUGAUCUUGUUCUUCUUUUCCCCUUUCCCUCAUUCACAAACUUGUCCCUUCCCACAAGUCAUUGCGGGCAUUCUGAGAAAACCUGCGCGCUGUUUCCCUGAGCUAUUGUUAGCAAUUACCAUCACCAAUUGGAUCUACCCCAAUUCUCUAUACAGCACCUAACACCCCAACAAACCUAAAUCGAAGUCACAAUGUGUGGCAUUUUCGCCUGCCACGCACACCCAGAUGUGCAAAAAUUCAAACCCACGGCCCUCCGGCUCGCAAAAGCGAUCCGACAUCGGGGUCCCGAUUGGAGUGGAAGCGUGACUUGCAACCAGACGAUAUUAUGCCAUGAGCGUCUGAGUAUUGUUGGUGUUGAGAGCGGUGCCCAACCCCUGACCAACGAGGAUGAGAGCAUCAUUCUGGCCGUCAAUGGCGAGAUCUACAACCACAGGUUGAUCCGCAAGAGCUUGAAGACCCCAUACCACUUCAAGACGACGUCUGACUGUGAGGUUAUCAUCCCUCUGUAUAUGGAAUAUGGCCUCGACGCGCCCAAGCACCUGGAUGGCAUGUUCUCGUUUGUCCUGUACGACAAGAAGCAGAACCGCACGAUAGCUGCCCGAGACCCUAUCGGAGUUACGACCUUUUACCAAGGCUGGUCAUCCAAAGAGCCGGGCGCGGUUUACUUUGGAUCGGAGCUCAAGUGUCUCUACCAAGUUUGCGACAAGAUCGAGGCAUUCCCUCCCGGCCACAUCUAUGACAGCUUGACCGGCGAAAGGACGCGCUACUUCCAACCGACAUGGUGGGACCCCAAAAGGAUCCCGGAUACACCACUUGAUCUCACAAAGCUGCGCGAGGCGUUGGAGAAGUCGGUCAGGAAACGUCUGAUGGCCGAAGUGCCGUACGGUGUUCUUCUGUCAGGUGGUCUGGACUCGAGUCUGGUUGCAUCAAUCGCUCAGCGUGAGACAAAGCGUCUGAAGAAGCUUGCAAUUGAGGCUGGUAUCGAGGACUUGCCUGCUGAGCCAACAGAGAACCAUGACCAGGGCGAAGGGCUUGUGGGAAUUGACGACGAAAACAAGUUGUCAACCAUGACCUACCUCCCUCAGCUCAACUCGUUUUCGAUUGGUCUGCCAGGCUCGCCCGACAACAAGGCUGCCCUCGAGGUGGCCAAAUUCCUCGGCACCAAGCACCACGUCAUGACCUUCACAAUCGAGGAUGGUCUCAACGCUCUUUCGGACGUUAUAUACCACCUCGAGUCGUACGAUGUAACCACCAUCCGAGCAUCAACACCCAUGUACUUGCUAUCCCGUAAAAUCAAGGCCAUGGGCAUUAAAAUGGUGUUGAGCGGCGAGGGUAGUGACGAGGCCUUUGGUGGCUAUUUGUACUUCCACAACGCCCCCGAUAAGGAGGCUUUCCACGACGAGACGGUCCGCCGCGUCAAGAACCUGCACCUUUCCGACUGCUUGCGUGCCAACAAGUCGACCUCGGCCUGGGGAUUGGAGGCGCGUGUGCCGUUCCUCGACAAGGAGUUCCUUGAGCUGGCCAUGAACAUUGAUCCCAAGGAGAAGAUGAUCACCAAGGAGCGCAUCGAAAAGUACAUUCUCCGCAAGGCAUUCGACACGUCUGACGACCCCAACGCCGAGCCGUAUCUGCCAGAUAACAUCCUUUGGCGCCAGAAGGAACAGUUUUCUGACGGUGUGGGCUACGGCUGGAUCGACGCACUCAAGGACAAUGCCGAGAUCCAAGUGACGGACGAGAUGAUGAAGAACCCCAAGCCAGAGUGGGGAGACGACAUCCCAGACACCAAAGAGGCGUAUUGGUACAGGUGCAUGUUCGACGAGCAUUUCCCUCCUCACUGCGCCUCGACUGUGGAGCGCUGGACCCCGACAUGGUCUAAACAAACCGAUCCCAGUGGCAGAGCCAUCGCGGUCCAUGCUGCCAAGUAUGAGCACAUCAGCGAGUAAUGGAAGAACCAAUUGACAAGUGAAUAAAAGUUUCAGGGUGCUUAGAGUAGAUGGAUGUUAAUAGAAACCAGACCAUUGAAUUGCUGGAGCUUGGGUAUCGGUUGCGCAACAUUCGUGCCACAUGUUGUCAUGGUGACUUGAAAAUCAGUGUCACAGGCAAAGGUCAGAUGCAUAAAAGAAUUGCUUCCGACAAAAGAGGUCCGUUUGUGCUUUUGCGAGUGAGUAGUUACCCGGGCAUCUUCUUACAGUACACACAAAAGAAUCAAC